AUGACAGACAGUAAUAUUUCCAAUGAUAAUACGGAGCCGAGGGCAUCACAGGGGGUAGAAAACGACAAAAAACGCGUCUCAGGUGCGUCUAAUGCACCCCAGGAAUCACCACAGACCCCUCAGUCUGGUCCCAUCGAAAAGGAAAAGCCAGCAAAAGAUCGGCUGGAAGAAGAUAUCGCACAUCACAGGAGUGCCCUUUACUACGGACCUGAUGAUCCAAAUGCACGAUUUUGGGGAAUACUCGCCACCUCCCGUCGCAAUCGUUCUGUUAACAGAGUAAGCGAGAAUCUUCAAAGAUCCGAAUGUGCGAGUAAUCAAAAGGCUGAAUCAGAGACACAUCUUACAGACAACGAAAUGAGAAAGCGCAACACGCUUAGCAAUGUAAGCUCGGGAGAGAAACUCGGUAAAGUUGGCUUUGGAGCCGAGCCUCUACAUUCUCCAGAGUCUAACAUCGCACCAAAAGUUUCUCGUCACAAUGCGGUCACAAUUGUGGAGGUAUACGAGCUAUUACUAGCCAGCUGUGCAAGAGUUCUCUCAAGAUUCCGUGCGAAACAAAGAAAAAACAGAACUAUUUAA